AUGCCUUCCUGGAUAAAUGCUGAAAUUCCACCAGAUAGUCUGUCUCGUCUGCUUGAGGCACUCCUCGCAAAAACGAUUCCAAUCACUUCACACGAAAAAACUCAAGUUGGCGUUGCAUCUAGUAUGAAAGAAGCAUUUGCUAGACACGCUUACAUUAUUUUACACACUUACGCGCAAGGUAACACAUCCUCUGCGUCAUUCUAUCCCGCAAACAUUCGUGUCGGCUUACAACCUGGUUUAUUCGCACUUUGCGAAUGCGUCGAUACGCAUCGCGAGCGCGAAUUCAUGCUUAGUGGACUCACAGAUGAAGGUGCACGAAGCGUUAUCAAGACACUCUGGAAAGAGUAUGAUAGCCAGAAGUAUGUCGGUAUGUCAUAG